UUGUUGCGCUCGGCAUUCUUCGUAACCGUCAGGUCCGGAAACACAAUUUGAACUCUGAAGCUCUCACCAAGGCAGUUCGUAGCCUAUGAAAAGACGCUUUAAUUUUUGCGUUAACAGCAAAUUGCUUGAAUGUUUGGUCGAUGAGGCUUCACUCGUAAAUCACAAUGAGAUCCGGAGCCGCGUGUGCCGUGCAUGUUUCGGUCGGAUCGAUAGACCUGCCCCGUGUUGGUUGCGCGCUUCGCCGCAAGAUGGCUCAGGUGGCGUCAUGGCGGCAUAGCGGAAAAGCUGUGGGCUUGUAAACAGCAAACUGGGAGAUGGCUCACCAAGUGCUGCCGCUUCUGGUAGGAUUGCUGGUCACUUACUGCUACCGUUUACCUCCUGUCAUCGCCAUCCCGGAUAAAAAAGAGGCGUACGGGGACGACGACUGGCCGCUGCGGCGCUCGUACCGGCUCGAGGACUUCCUGUGGACGGGGUCCGGCGACGGGCCGACCAGCUCCCCCUGCGUGACGGCCACCGCGGUGCAGGGCGCGCCGGCGCCGUCCUCCGACUGGGGCCCGGAGCUGAUCCGGCCCACGCCGACCCUGGCGGCGCCCGCCUCCACGCCCACCUGGCCCCCGGGGCCGCCGCCCCAGCUGGCCCCGGACCCCCGCUACUGGCUGCUCACCGUGCUCGCCGACGACAGCCGGCCCGCGCCGGGCGUCGCCGAGCUGGAGAACCGCCUGGCGCGACUCUACCGCGUGGCCUUCACCAGGCAGCAGGAGCGGCACCUGGGCAUCGCCAACGCCACGGUGCAGGCGCUGCAGCGGCUGCGCCGGGCCAGGGUGCCAGAGCCCGUCACCGUGCAGCUGCACAACAGGAGCGCGCCCGAGGCGGGGGGGAUGUCGCUGCUGUACACGGUGCGGGUCGCGGGCCGGCCCGUCCUGGCGCGCGCGGCCGCCGCCGACAUGCGGCUCGUGUCGGCCGGGGAGAUGGCCGCGGAGCUGGGCCGCCCCGUCGUCACCAAGGCCGAGCCGUACCUGAAGCAGCUGCCGCCCCUGGACGGGAGCUGGCGGCGGGCCCGGGCCAGGGACACCUGGCUGCUCCUGGGCUCCGCGGCGGCCGCGCUGCUCCUGCUGCUGCUGCUGGCCGUCUUCCUGGCGCUCAGCCUCGGCAAGAAGAAGCGCGGCAAGCGGCGCGUGCUGGCGUCCGCCGGCCGCCCCCGCGGCGCCUCCAACGCCGCCUACCGGGACGACGAGGGCGCCCCCGAGGUAGCGGACGUGCCCGCCGGCGGCACGCCGCGCUUCCGCGACGAGGCGGUCGUGGUGGGAGCCGUGCAGCGCAAGAGCAGCGCCAGCGGCAGCGAGUCCUCAGACACGUCGCUGGUGCGCCGGAGGCCCGCGCACGCCCCCCAGGGGGCGUUCGCCCCCCGUGCGCCUGACCCCGGGCGGGUGGCCCCCAAGCCGCAGCCGCGCAAGAGGCUCUCCGCCGCUCGCAGGGCGCAGCAGCUGCCCCAAGAUGGUCGCAAGCGGAGCCAGUCUCCGCCUCCAACACAACCUCGAGGAAGUCAGCAGGCGACGUGUGAGGAGCCACUGGUGCCAACCACUGGCAUAGCUGCAGCCAGCCCCAACUCGUUCCUUUCCAUGCCUUCCAUUAAGGCUUUUCCCAGGGGCGCCAACAUCCCGAAGCCGCUGGUGUGCGUGCUGGAGCCCGUCAGCGUGAGGCACCUCGACGCGGAGGAGGGCGUGGUGCUGGAAUCCGUGCGCAAGCUCGCGAGGCACGGCAGUCUCGAGGGGGAGGACCCCGGGGUGAUCGGCCCCGUGGUGUGGGACAUGCACUGCCACCGCGUACAGUGCCGCCAACCCGCAGCGGAGCCCAUCAUCGAGGACCUGGUGCUGGACGUGGAAGGGGCAGCGGAAGAGGAGUGCGGUGCGGAGGCGGCCAUGCCGAGCGUGGGGCGAGUCCGCCAGAGGUUCCAGGAGCUGCUGGACGACGCCUUCAGCCUGUUCGGGGGCAGCCGCAGCGACAGCCCCGUCGACGAGGAGGGGGGCGGCACCUCCCCGGCCCUGCAGCGUGUGCGCUCCGCCGUCGUCAGGCCCGAGGGGGAGCCACUGCCCGGCUCGCGGGACUGCGCCCCGCGACCCCACACGUCCAGCCACCGGCGCCCGGCGACGGCCAGCGCCUACCGCCCCCGAGGCGCGUGGGGCACCGCGCAGCCGUCCCCCGACACGGGCCGGCCCGGGACCCCGCCCCGGCCGCUGAGCGCGGGACCCUUCCACCGGCCCGCGGUCGACCCCGCGCUCGUGCUGUCGGACGAGCGGCUGCCGCCCACAGACCCAGCCGUGCCGCUCAUCGCCGCCAUCAAGGAGGAGCUGAGGAGGUUCCAGGGCUCGGCCCCGCUGCCGGGGAGCACGUCUGCCGAGACCUGAGCCGCCCCCAACGCCCGUGCCACGUCCGUCCGCCAGCACGAGUACGGACCGAGUGUUCGCAGGCUGUACGGACGAGCAUCAGAAGGAUGUGCCACACAGUGUUGUCGAUUUGCACCAGAUAGUAAUCUUUUCCGCUCACAGAAGUACGGACAGAGUGUUCACAGGUCGUACGGACGAGCGUGUACAUGAAUGGAACUAAAGCUUAUCAUCCGAAGGAUGUGCCACACAAUGUUGUCGAUUUGCACCAGACAGUAGGUGAAAUUCAGUCCCGGAUUUUUCCGUCCAGUUGAAUGCCAAAUACAAAUGUAAUCUUUUCCGCUCGCAGAAGUACGGACCGAGUGUUCGCAGGUCGUACGGACGAGCGUGUACAUGAAUGGAACUAAAGCUUAUCAUCCGAAGGAUGUGCCACACAAUGUUGUCGAUUUGCACCAGACAGUAGGUGGAAUUCAGUCCCGGAUUUUUCCGUCCAGUUGAAUGCCAAAUACAAAUGUAAUCUUUUCCGCUCGCAGGAGUACGGACAGUGUGUUCGCAGGUUGUACGGACGAGCAUCAGAAGGAUGUGCCACACAGUGUUGUCAAUUUGCACCAGACAGUAGGUGAAAUUCAGUCCCAGAUAUUUCCGUCCAGUUGAAUGCCAAAUACAAAUGUAAUCUUUUCCGCUCGCAGAAGUACGGACAGAGUGUUCGCAGGUUGUACGGACAAGCGUGUAAAUGGAACGAAGCUUAUCAUCCGAAGGAUGUGCCACACAAUGUUGUCAAUUUGCACCAGAUAGUAGGUGAAAUUCAAUCCCAGAUAUUUCCAUCCAGUUGAAUGCCAAAUACAAAUGUAAUCUUUUUGAUACUAAUCCCAGCAUAAGAGGGUAAUAAAGUUUUUUUUUUUUCCUCCACACUAGAAAAUGAUGAAACACAUAAUUAUAAGAGUACAAAUAUCAGAAAAAUUAA